CCUCAACAUAAAUAAAUAAAAAUCUAUCAACACCUCAAAUCCUUCCAAAUGAGAAAACAAUUCCCGGCCUCUUCUAUAGUCUGUGAAUCUCAUUUACUUAACAACAACGACCAGACUUCCCAUCUAUAUCUGUCGAGGGUUGUUAUAAGCCUCAGGCACCAAUUUUCAAGCGCCCACCACUUCAACCAACCCACCCCUUAACUGAAACGUCCACACAUCCAUAAAACCACACAGCUAUCAAUUCUUGGACACUCGAACAACCACCCAUUCCAUAUUCCUCCGGACCAGAGGGAUACCCACCCAUUACCCGUCCAAAGGGCCCUCGCUGCCCCUCCACCCCGCUCAAAAAUUCCCACCCACCACCCCAUCAACAUCAACUCUCACAAUGACCUCCCCCGCCCCUAUCCCGGACUCUGUCCCCCUCACCGACCCCGCACCCCCAAUUCUUUCUACCCCCAUAAUCCAAACCCCCCUCUCUCUCACCCCCGCCCAAAUGUCCCUCACCCGCCAACAACUGUUCGACCUAACCCUCACCCCCCUCACCCUCUCCACCUCGCGUUUCUUGUCUCUCUGGCCGUGGAUCGACAACGUCUACGUCCGCAAGAAGACGCGUGCCGCCACCGGGCGGAAGCUGGGCUACGAGCUCUGGGAAUGCCGUAACCGGCGCAAACACCCCAUCACCGCGCCCGUCACCCCCACUGCCCGCCGCGGCCGGCCCGGGGCCACAUGUCUCGUCGGGCUGAAGCUGGUGUGGAAUCGCUAUGUUGAGGGCGAGGAGAGGACGGUUAGUAUAGAGAGGUGCUCGGAGGCGACGCACACGCAUACUCUUGAUGAUAUGGACAAGCAAAAACGAAGCAGCGCCAUCCGCCGCAUCGCAGCCAGGGAGGCGGCUCGGGCCCAGCCGUAUGAGGUGGCCAAUGCCAUGAAAGCCGAUAUGGAGACUCUUAUUGCGGUGGGUGGGAAGUAUAUCACCCGCGCUGAUGUGAAGAAUGCGUCCAAGUCAUAUGAGCUGGGAGGGACACGGUAUGGGGCGGCGGAGAGGCAGGCGCGAGAACAUGGAACGGGUGGUACGCCGUCGAGUGGUGUGGAGGGGGCGGAGAGGUGGCAGGAGCAGCUUUUGCCGGGGUCGGGGCCCUGGAUGGAGACGUCGAUGCCGACGCCGACGCCGACGAAUGCGAGGACAAGGGAGGUGGAUAGGGAUGCAUCCGCUCCUAUAAGUGCGCUGCAGACACAUGCGUCUCCUCCUGCACAAACUUCUCCACUAGCAGAUGACAUCACAUCAACUCAAGAGCGAGAGUCCGGCACACCCCCUCCACCACCGCUAACUGCCACGACAUUCCUCCUAAUCGACUCACAAGCCGCUUUCACACACCCCACGCACUGGGGCCCUGCACGCUCAAACCCCAGCUACGAAACCAACGUCGCCACCCUCCUCUCCCACUUCCGCGCUCUGCGCCUAGCGCACCCCGGCGCCGGACCAGAGAUAAUACACGUACGCCACGCCUCUCAGGACCCGAAGUCACCUUUACACCCCGACGCGGCGGGGUUCGCAUGGAUGCCCUAUACCGCGCCGAUACCCGGGGAGCACAUCGUGACGAAGAAUGUGAACAGCGCCUUCAUCGGCACAGAUCUCGAAAACAUGUUGCGAGACGCGAGGACGAGGAGGUUGUACGUCGCGGGGCUGACGACGGAUCACUGUGUCAGUACUAGUGUGCGGAUGGCGGGGAAUCUGGGGGUUGUGGAUGGGGAGUGGGGGAGGGGGGAGGUGGUGUUGGUGGGGGAUGCGACGGCGUGUUGGGAGAAGGUGAGGGGGGGGUGGAAGGCGGAGAUUGUGCAUGCGGUGCAUGUGGAGAGUUUGAGGGAGUUUGCAAGGGUGGGGUGGACGGGGGAGGUGGUUAGGGAGUGUGUUGGGUGA